AUGAGCGAUCCUCCAACAACGAUAACAGAAACAGAGAAUGAAGAAAUAGAAAUAGAAACAGAAACUACAACUACUACAACUACAACCGAACCAUUCAUUCCACAAUGGAAAAAAACAGACAAUUGGGAAGAUAUGUUUGAUUUUAUUGAAGGUGAUAUUUUUAGUGAUUUUGGUAGAGGUGAAGAAUUUUUAAUUGAUGGUGAUUCAUUAUUACUAUAUCUUGUUGCAAUUGAAAACGAGAUUGAAAAGGAUCAUUUAAAGGGUCUUAUUGGUAGAAAAAGAAAUAAUACCGAAAGAGACGAAUCGAUCUUUGCUGCAAAACACUCUCAACAAACUCUUCACUUGAUUUUCAAGUUUGAGAAAUUCUUGAAUAGUCUUUUACAAAGAAAGGCAAAGUUUAGUAUCAUCUUUUUAUCGAAAAAUGAUCGUUUCUAUAAAUCCUCUUCAUUGGUAUUGGUUAGAAGAUUGAUUAUCAAUUCCUAUAAAGAUAAUAUUAGUUUGCCAUUUGGUUUUAAAGUUUUUGAUCAAGAAUGGUUUAGUCAAGAAAUUGGUUCUUUUAAUCCUUUAUUCGAUUAUUUUAAAUCAAAAACUUUUUCAUUUUUAUUAGUUUUACCUCCAGUUGUAAACAAUUUGAGAUUAAUUAAUGAUUUAUUUAAUAUGAAUGCAAUCCAAUUAUUUACAAAAAAAUCAACAGAAUAUUUUUCACAUUUUGUUGAUUUAAUAUCAUCAGAAUUUAGAGGAUCAACAAUGAAUUCAUAUAUUUAUACUUUUAGAAAAAAUAUUAUAUUUUCACCACAAUUACAAUCAACUAUUCAACAAGAAAUUUGUCAAGUAAAUUCCGUAACGUCGUCGGUUGGUAAUCAAAAAAAAUCAACCAUCACCGAGUUGGAAAAGGAAUUGGAUACUAUUGGACAAUUAAAUUAUCGUAAUCUUUUGACAUUGUUAUCAAUUUUGGAUCUUGGCAAAGUUGAUAUAUCGUCAUUUUUAUUAAAAUCAUUAUCAGUCUAUUUGGUGAUUAUGAAUAAUUUACCACUUUCAAAGAGAUCAUUUGAUAGUUUGGAUUAUGAACCAAUUGAAUUUAUUCAAUUGUUUCAAGAUCUUUGUCGUCCAAUGCUAUGUUAUUUGGGUAACAACAAAAAGGAUCAGUUCACUUUUGAUUUGGUAGAUGUUAAACAAUAUUCAUUUAUUGCUCUCAUUCUUUGUAAUUCAACUGGUGGUUCUUGGUCAAAUUUAAUUGGUCAAGAAUUAUUUUUGGCUAGUAAAUCAAUUUUAGAAAUUCUAAAAAAGUUUGGUCCAUCAUCUUGGUCAAGUAUCAAUUUUGUUGAACAAGGGGUAGAGGAGAAAUUCAUUUUUUCAACUCAACCAGAAUAUAAUCAAUAUGAAAAAGUAUUGACUAAAAUUCAAACAAAUAGUCAUUUAAAUGACAACAAGAAUAUGGAUUUAUACAAGGUUGAUAAUGAAUUUAUUUCUGCCAUUGUGGGAGAUUCACAAAAGGAUUUGGUUUUCCAAUCAACCAUUCCACAAGAAAUUCAAGAUCGUCAAAAUGCCCUUCCAGAAUUUUACAACAUCUCUCAUCAUCAUAGUCUUAGAUUACUCGAAAAUCUACCAGAUGCCUAUCUUGAAACAAUCAAGGAAAAUCGUCAAGCAAACAAACCAAUUUCAAAAAAAUUUGCUGAUAAAAUGAAACAUGGUGCUGCAAAUAAAUUUUUUAGAAUAGCAGAUAGUUUAUAUGAUAGUAAAAAAAAAAUUGUUAUUACAGAAUUGGAUAAAGAUGUAAAAGAGGUAGCAAAACAAAAACAAAGUCAUCAAGUAAACAAACAACAUGACAAGAUGAAAAAGUUAAAGAAAAAGGAUGAGGUAAAGGAAAGAGCCGACAAGAAACAACAAGAAAAGGCAAAAGCAUUCUCAAAACAAAUGAGAGCAUCAACCGUUUUGGAAAUUGUUGAUAGUAUUGAUUUGUAUAUUGCCAAUGAAAUUGUUGAACACAAUGAAUUUUCAUUGGACAAGGAUACUAUGGAUCAACUAUUCAAAGGAAUGGAAAGAAUCAACAAAAAGUAUUCGAGUCAAGAAAAGGAAAAACUUAAACUCUAUCAAUUGUUACAAAAGAUUCUUAGAUUGUUGGAUUCAAAACAAAUCAAACCUGAAAAGGGUCAAGAAAUCAAUCUCUAUCAAUCAUUGUAUCAUUUAUCAUUGCUACUCAAUCUCUACGAUCUCACUAAUUAUAUAAAUGAUCGAUUCUCUCUUAAAAACAAAGAGAAAAAAGAAAAACAACAAUCAUUUGAAAACUCUGCAAUCGUUUAUCAAAUGACUCACUCCCAUACUACUUUGGUUAGAUCAAUUGGACAAAGAAAGGAUGAAAGAGUAAAAACUUUCAUUCCAGAUGCAUGGCAAAGAGAUCUUUUAGAUGUGGUUGAUAAACAUGAAUCUGCUCUUGUUGUUUGUCCAACAAGUAGUGGUAAAACAUUUAUUAGUUUUUAUAUCCUUGAAAAGGUAUUAAGAGAAUCAAAUGAUGGUAUGGCAAUCUAUGUCAGUCCUACAAAGGCUUUGGUCACUCAAACUUAUUGUGAAGUUAUUGGUAGAUUUGAUAAAUCUUAUGAUAAUAUUUGUGGUAAAGAUUCUUCUGCUCAAUAUAGAAUGUGUGGAAUAUUUACAAGAGAUUAUAGAAUUGAUGAACAAAAAUGUCAAAUUUUAAUUACAGUACCACAAUGUUUAGAGCUGUUAUUACUUUCAGUAUCAAAUUCAAAUUAUCUUUCAAAGAUUAAAUAUAUUAUAUUUGAUGAAGUUCAUCAAAUUGCAAAUGGUACAGAGGGUGCUAUUUGGGAAAGUUUACUCUUGUUGAACCCUGGACCAUUUGUAGCCUUGUCUGCAACUGUUGGAAAUACAGGUGAAUUUAAAGAUUGGUUACAAGAAAUUGAUCCAAAGAGAAAAAUUCAUUUGGUUCAACAUAGUAAUAGAUUUAAUGAUUUGAAACAUUAUCAAUAUGAUCACGAUAAUCUACAGUUAUUACCUCAUCAUCCAUGUGAAACAUUACGUAUCAACAAAUCAACAGAACAAUUAUUCUUAUUGUCUGAAGAGGCCAUUCAACUAUAUCAACACAUCAAAUCUAGUUUUAAACAACUUGACAAUGAAAUUGGUGAAUUGGAUCCAAUCAAAGUAUUCACCCGUGUCUCUAAUAACAACAAUGUUUAUAAUCUAAACAAACAAGAUAUUAAAGAUUAUCAAAGAGCUUUAUUGGAUUUGGUAGAGUCAAGAUUAAAGAGUGAUGAAUUUUCAGCAUUCAUGUCUGAACAUUAUCCAGAAAAACAUUUACGACACGAUGAUUGGAGAAGUAGAGUACCAGAAGUGAUUAUGGAUUUGAAAAAAAGAGACAUGUUGCCAGUUAUCGUAUUUUGUCUCUCUAGAAGAAUUUGUGAAAAGCUUGCACUCGCUCUCGAGGAACAUAUUGACAAGAUGCAUUAUGAUCCAAAGAAACAACAAAAGAUUGACUUGUUAGAGAAAAAGAUUGAACAAGUUAAAUUGGAAAUCAAGACUGUCAACCCGACUCAAGACGAUGAUAUCUUUCAAGAUUUGGAAAAGUUGACAUCGACUCUCUCCCUACUCGUCUCUAGAAAGCCAGAGUUUGGUACCAUCUUGACAGAUGAUGUUCACGAUCCAAAAGGAAAGAUCAAGAAAUUGGAUUUGUUUGGUCCACUCAUGGAAGGAAUUGGAGUGCAUCAUGCCGGUCUACCAAAAGAUUAUUUGGAAAAUGUCGAAGUCUUGUAUAGAAGAAAGAAGAUUUCAGUCAUUUUUGCUACCGGUACGUUGGCACUUGGUAUCAAUAUGCCAUGCAGAACCGUUGUUGUCGCAGGUGAUUCGCCAUACCUCAACUCUCUUUCAUUCCGUCAAAUGGCUGGUCGUGCCGGUCGUAGAGGUUUUGAAGAUAGAGGUAACGUCAUCUUUUUGGGCAUCUCUGAUACACGUGCUCAAAAGUUGAUCAACUCUAAUCUUUCAGAUAUCGUUGGAAACAGUGUCCUCACACCAUCCCUCUGCCUAAAGAUUCUUUGUCGUUACAAUUUCUUCCAACUCGAAAAGCAAACCGACCUCAACGAAAAGCACGUUCAAGAACUCAUCUUUGCCACUCAAAAGGUGGUAGGCAAGAGUUUCUUUAUGAAACGUUCUCCAUUCCAAAAUCCAUUCAUGUUUUUAUUCAGUUUGGAUUAUCUCUUUAGACAAGGAUACCUUUCUCAAAAUGGUCAAGCUCUUGGUUAUGCUUCCAUCGCCACCCAUCUCUCCUACCUCCAACCUUUCAACUUUGUCGUCUGUCGUCUCUUUAGAGAUCAAGUAUUUGGUGAUUUCCUUGGUAAAUCAAAAUAUGAUGAAAGAGAAAUCUUACAUAUUCUUUGUUAUCUUUUUAAUAGAAAAGAAAUUCCAAAUAUUAUUGAUAUUGAUAAAUGUCCAUCAAAGAUUACAUUACCAAAAUUACCAAAUAAUGUAAUAACUUCAAUCAAUAAGAAUAAUCAAGAAGUGAUUGAUACAUUUGUAGCCUAUGUUGCUGGUUUACAGAAAAAACUACCACUUGUUUACAUGCCAAUUAGUAAAUCGAUGGAUGAACAAUUUACCAAGGAAGAGGAAAAUACUAUUGACCAAUCCAAUAGUCAUACUACUUGGUUUAAUACCAUUGACAAUUAUAUUGAAAAGAAACCACAACUAAAGAAAUCAAUUACAUCACUUGCUGGUAGUUGUAAUAAUAUUGUCGAUACUACAACACUCCAACAUUCAAUGCCACCAGGAACCUUUUUCGAUCAAUCGGUUCUACCAAUUUGCAACAUUAACACCAAACAAGCAAAUUCUUACUUGCUCGAUUUGUACAAGCACAAGCAAGUCAACACUGUCAUUGAAUGCAACCAUAUCCCCAAGGGAGAGAUCUUUGAGUUGACCAAAGACUUUGCCCUAACUCUCAAGGUUCUCUCUACUUCUCUACUUAGAAUUGACAAGGAUUCAAAUGUUGCCAAAUCUUUUGAAACAUUAGCAAAUAAUUAUUCUCGUUUGUUCAAUCAACUUUUCUUAAAUUAA